AUGACAACGUCGGCUUUGAGUUCCACUCUUUUCACAAAGCCACCUGGAAAAGAGUUGCGGCCACCUAUUGCAAGUCCGGUGUUGAGAAUGCCGAACUUGGAUGAAAUGGCGAAGUCAGGUGUUACCAACACCGGCGUUCCUACUUUUGCAAAGACUUUUGGAAGAAUUACUAGAAACAUCAUUCUCUUUCAAAUUGUUACUAUCCCAGUGGUAACUGUUGAAUGCAGAUACAAGUGUUGGACAAGUUUCUCUCAAGUGAAAAUGGGGAAGAAGAUUGUCAUGAUACCUGCCAACGAAGUUGAUUUGAUCAAAGUCAAGUAUGACCCUGGCGCAAUUGAAGCUCCUGAUUUGUCUGGGAUAUGGCUAAGGCUUUUUGUCAUGUUGGUUGAAAUGCCAUUGAUUGGUCCUGUUAUAGUCAGUUACUUGAAGAAAAAGAACAAGAUACAAGAGAUGUUAAGGGAUACUGUGAUACCAGAACCACCUAUGUUUCGACCUGAAUUUCCUCCUCAAGAACAAGAAUCAGGAGUGGUUUGUUUCAAUGAAGACGAAAAAUCUCAGGACCGAGUUGAAUCAGCAUUUGCAUGUCUUCCCCACUACGAUCCUGCUACCAGAUGGCAUUCUGAGAUUAACACGCCCUUCCGCUACUGGAAGAUUUGUGAUUAUGCAUAUUCAUACAGGUCAAAGAUCACAACCCCAUCAAUGGUUGCAGAGUAUGUCAUUUCCGCAAUUGAAGAAUCCAGCAAUGUGAAACCGCCAACACCUUUGUUGAUUUCUUUUGAUGCUGCAGAUUUAAGAAAGCAGGCUGCGGCGUCAACCCAUCGGUUUGAGGAAGGAAAACCGCUGUCGGCUUUGGAUGGUAUCUUCGUAGCAAUCAAGGAUGAUAUAGAUUGCUAUCCCCAUCCAUCUAAUGGUGGAACGACAUGGUUCCACAAGGUACACAGGGUUGAGAAGGAUGCAGUUUGCGUAUCAAGGUUAAGAAGUUGUGGAGUGAUUUUUGUUGGAAAGGCCAAUAUGCAUGAAUAUGGACAAGGAACUACUGGAAAUAACGUAAAUAACGGAACGACCAGAAAUCCACAUAAUCCAGAGAGGUACACAGGUGGAUCUUCAUCAGGAUCAGCAGCGAUUGUAGCUUCUGGAAUAUGUUCAGCUGCAUUAGGAACAGAUUGUGGAGGUUCAGUCCGUAUUCCCUCUUCUCUAUGUGGUGUUGUGGGAUUAAAAACAACAUAUGGACGUAUUGACCUUAGAGGGGUUUUAUGCGAGUGGGGGACAGUAGAAACUAUAGGACCAAUUGCAUCCAGUGUUGAGGACAUCAUGAUGAUGUAUGCUGCAAUUUUAGGUGCCUCUCCUGCUGAUAAACUGAGCCUCAGGCCGUCCCUGUCGAAUUUGCCUGAUCUAUCAUCACAUGAGUAUUCUACUAUUCUGGAAUCAGUGCGAUUGGGGAAGUACACAGAGUGGUUUAAUGAUGUCCUUUCAACUGAUAUCUCAACUAAGUGUGCGAAUAUUCUUAAUCUUUUAUCAGAAACUCAUGGCUGUAAAAUAGUGGAAGUUGUCAUACCUGAGCUUCAACAGAUACGAACGUCGCAUCUUGUUUCAGUAGGAGCUGAAUCAUUAGCCUCACUACAGCCACACUGUCACAAUGGGAACGAUAAGAAACUAACACUCGACACACGGACUAAUCUUGCACUUUUCCGGUCAUUCACAGGGUCAGACUAUGUUGCUGCCCAGCGUCUCAGGCGCAGGGCAAUGUACUAUCACAUGGAGGUAUUCAAGAUGGUUGACGUCAUAGUAACUCCAACAACCGGCAUGACUGCUCCUGUAAUUCGUCGAAGUUCACUCACAACGGGCGAGACAAAUAUGAAGGUAACAGGUAACUUGAUGCGCUUUAUCCUAGCAGGGAAUCUUCUAGGACUACCAGCCAUUUCUGUACCAGUUGGUUAUGACAAGCAAGGGCUUCCAAUCGGUUUGCAGAUCAUAGGCCGCCCUUGGGAGGAAGCUACCAUUCUGCGUUUGGCUGCUGCAUUCGAGGUCCUCAUCAGCUAACGAUCGUUAAUUUUGUUCGAGUGUUUAACGGAAGUUACGAAAAUUGUUGCAAAUCACGUCCUUUUUUCUAACAG